AUGUCGGCUCCUCAAAAACCUAUCAAAGGGUCAAAAGCCUACGAGAAGUUCCGUCAAGCGCUCGAGAAGAUGGAUAGAUCAGAACUAGGCAACCUCGAAUUUCGUCGCUACUCCAGAGACAUGAAACGUCUAAUUAUCCAGGAAAAAAAGUUACGGAAAUCGAGUAACAAAGGGAUAUCUAAAAAGGAAACUACAGAUAUUCUCAUAAAGAUGGUCGAAGUCCUCCGACCGGAACAGGCUGCCACGUUUAAAAAUCGCUACCAAAACCCACCUAAGAAGCCCACACUUGAACGUUCCGGGGAAGCUAAAAAGCAGGCGCUGUUGAAAAGCAAAAAAAACGAUCCAAAUUAUACACACGCAUAUUGUACAUUUAAAAUGUACCACGAAGACGUCAGCAAGAAAGUGGGAGGUAUUUCUUUCAAUUCAAAGUUCUGGACGCUCGGCCUCAAAGCCCAGAAAUACAUAGCAGGAUCUUCCACAUGCUCCAAUCCAUCCUGCAGUAAAGAAUGGGAACAUAAAAAAAUCGGAAUGGUCAUUCGGGGAUCUCGGGAGCCAGAAGUACUAGAUUACCACGUAUUUGUGCGUAAUCAAAGGUGCAAAUCAUGUGGCUCUCUAGCACUCAUGCAACUGAAGAAGACAACAUAUGUUAAAAUAGUGGCACGUCAAUUGAACGAAUGGAAGGAGGAAGAUCAACCUUCGCGCCACGAUCUCGGGUACUGUGAGGAAUGCAAAACUCGCAAGUGUCCCAACCUGAAGCCGGAUGGCGUUGAAGGUCAUGUAACCUCUGCUCUAGGAAAACUUCAUCUAUAG